AUGCCUCCCCGACCACGGCACAAUCCGAUCCCUUCCCCUCUCUCCUUAUCCUCUCGCCCCGCUUCCCAACCUCAAAAAUGUCUCCUCGCGCACACCCGUUGCUUCUCGGCAACGCCCUCGGCCGCUGCACGUAAGGGAGAACCGCGCCCCGUGGGGCCGUCGCAGCGAACGGAAUUCUUCAAUUGGAUCAAUGGGCCUGGCGCGGUCUUCAAGCAGGCGGGCGAGGAGGGCCCGAAGUACCUCAGCUCUUAUGAUAAGCGGACGUGGGAACGGAAGGACAGGGCUAGUAACGUGCCGUAUCCUAUGAACCCGGCAUUCAAGAGUACGCCGGUGUUGAGCAAUGAGAUGAGGGAGCAGAUCUACAAGAGAGUGGAGAUUGAGGGGGCAAGUGUCAGGAAGGCUUCUGCGGAAUUCGCUGUCAGUCUGGAGAGGGUUGCGGCAGUCGUGAGAUUGAAGGCUGUCGAGAGGAAGUGGCAGAAUGAGGGCAAACACGUCUCCUCAUACCUCACCAAAGCCCUCGAACAGAUGCUCCCCGUCACCCAUUUCGUCCCCGCUGACCAGGGCCAACGCCAAAUCCACGAGAACAUCCAAGAGCUAUUCUCCCACCCCUUCGCCGGCCGACAAGCCUUUGUCCCCACCUCUGAAUCCCGUGAAUACACCCGUGUUGACGCCGGUAAAGAGUUCGGCCUCCCCCCCGCCGACGAGGCAGUUCCGCACCCCGAACUAGUCGUCGCGAAACGCGAGCGGAUGGAGAACCUCUCGCUCGAUGAGCUGGAAAGAAGACAAGCGGAGCGGGAGAGGCUGGCCCAGGUCCAGCAGGAGGAGAAAGAAUCGAGGGCCGCGGAGAAGUUAAAGAACGCGGGAACCUUCGUGGAGCAGGGCAGGUGGAAGUGGAACUUGAAGGAGGCGAGGGCUGGUAGUGUUGGAUUCAGAUAUGGAUUCCCACAUCCGGAUAGGAAGAAGGGCCAUGUUAAGAUUCCGACACAUGUUAUAUAG